UUUCUUAUUAAAUGCCAAAUUGUCACUCAAUAUGUACACAGCUCACUCAGAUUAAGUGGGAUCCCAAACAAUCUUGCCAGAAGAGAAUGCCAUCAUAUUGAGAAAUGGCAGACGUAUCAGUUAUGGUUAAUUAGUUGUGGCUAUGGGUUAAUAAGUGAAUUAUGAUGCAAUCAAGGGAUUCGAAGAGGCUUGGUAAGAUUUUGAUUCUCCAGUCUUCACAAAUCUUGAUCAUCCAAGUUGGCGUUCCUCAAAUCAUAAAUAUACAAGAUGGCAUUACAACUUCAACCACGGUGAAGCAUAUUUCUGCAUUCCUUAAUUCCCAUUCAGUGGAGAAGUGGAGUCCUAUAAUUUCCUGUUGAGUUAAAGGAUAUGGGAAUGGCAGACAGCAAAUGGUCGUCAAUCACCAAUAAAGAGACUCACAAUUAUUUAACCAAAUGAGCGAUUUGUUUAGUACAAUGAUGCAGGAGAUUAAUUCUUCAAGGAGGAGAUAAAAAGAAGAAACAUCAAUGUGGAAUAUGGUUUGAAAUUGGUUGAAGUGAAUAAAUAACAAAAUACAGCAAUUUUCGAAGAUGUUAAAACUGGCAGCAGAUAGACAAGACCAUUCAAUCAUUUGUAUGCAGUUGCACCCACAAAGCCUCAUGACUAAUUAGUUAAGGCUGGUCUCACCACAUCAAAGGGAUUGUUGGAUGUCAACAUCAAAACCUUAUAGCACAACAAAUUUAAGAACAUUUUCGGACUUGGUGAUGUAAAUGAUGUUCCUACAACUAAUUGUUUCUGGGCAGGAUUCCAUCAACUUCACGUUGUUAGAAAUAAUAUCGAAAGAAACAUUGCAGGUAAAUCACUAAAUGCCGAAUAUGAUGGAUAUAGUAAAGUACCAAUUUUGUUAGGUUAAAAUACCCUAACAUUCUUGUGUCACAAAUAUAACAAUGAGAAUGCUUGGCACAACCUUUAUUUCUCAAAUGGAGGCUUCUUGGCUUCUCUUAGAUAUUAUAAUUGGUGCAAGAACUUCAAGAAAGCAUUCAUAGACAUCUACUUGGAAAAGAAUUGGGGACCCCCUUAUUACAAGAUCAAGAAGAGCUUCAAAUUGCCAGAGGGUGAGAGCAAUGAUCAUGGAUUUUUGUCUAAGUUGUUACCAGGCAAGAAAGAGUCACAUUGAAAUAUAUACACAAAUAAAUAUAUAAAAUAUAUUAAAAUCGUCAAUUUA